UCUUUUCUUUCUAUAUAAAACCGUGGCCUGAGGAAAAUAGUAAGAGAGUAAUCACGGAAACUCCCUUUACCGGAUGCAAGUGUCAUUCUCUUAUCUUCUAGACAGCACUAUCCACGACCUCGACGCUCCCGAGCGUUCAAUACGUCAUUCCAGCAGUCACGACAUUGACGACCUUGUGGUAUGCGACGCAGACACAUGUGAGACACGAUGACAUCAUCCGAUGAAAGUGUACAUAACUGAACAAUGCAUCACUUUACGUAGUAUUCGGUGACGAACAGUGGCAAUUAGUCGGUGAGAGAAACAUGACUUCCCCGUAUGCACAACAACCACCGCCUUAUUCACCGAUGCAGCCCAUUGCAACUGCACCCGUACCUGGUGCAUUUCCGAUGCCACAACCCGAUAUACCGAUGAUGCCCCAAGGUGGUUGGUCACCGCUGAAUACGACCUGUCCACCAGGCUUGGAAUACCUUAUGGCCCUUGAUCAUCUGUUUGUUCAGCAAAAAAUAGAACUCAUCGAAGCUUUGAUCGGAUUCGAAACCAAAAAUAAAUACAGCGUGGUGAAUAUCAGGGGCGAGCCAGUGUUUUACGUCGUCGAGGAAUCGAAUAUAUGUUCGCGUAUGUGCCUCGGAGCUUCCCGUAGCUGCGAGUUUCAAGUGUACGACGGCACCAGAAGGGAAGUCCUGCGCAUGAUUCGUCCUUUUAGGUGCGAUAGUUGCUGCUGUCCUUGCUGCUUGCAGGAGCUAGAAGUGUUUUCUGGUAAUAUGUUCCUGGGUUCUGUGGUACAAGACUGGAGUCUUUGGCAGCCUACGUUCUCGAUUCGCAACGCAUCUGGAGAAACGGUUUUAAUUAUAGAAGGGCCGUGGUGUAAAUUUUGCGGGGAUGUAAAGUUCAAGGUAUUGUCUGUAAACGGCGAGAACAGAGUUGGAGUGAUUAAGAAGGAAUGGAGCGGCCUCAUGCAAGAGUUUUUCACAGAUGUUGACAAUUUUGGUAUAAGUUUUCCUCUGGAUCUGGACGUGAAGAUCAAGGCUGUGUUACUCGGUGCCUGUCUUUUAAUUGAUUUUAUGUACUUCGAACAUAGCGGCCACAAUAACGUGUAAUUUUGUAUACACGGGAAUACUUACUAUUACCAUAUGAUAUGUAUAUGUAUAUAGUUCUCGCUGUUUUCGCUGAUGCAGCUUUCAAUAGUUUUUCUUUGUACUUUUGCUAUUAAUAUGUAAUUAGCGUGUAACGAUCUUUCAGGGAAAUUAGCCUUCUACGUGUUGUUAAUCCUUCCAAAUGUCGCGUAAUUAUUGAGAACGAUAUUUUUAUGAUGGUAUAUAUAAUGAUUAUCUCUUGAUGAUCAACAUAGAUCUGAUAGAUAUAAAUUAUCGACAGGAAUUUGUUAUUUUUCCACUUGGCUGUCGAAAUAACUUUAAGUAAAGAACAUACUCUUCCAAUAGAUUUUAUAUUGAGCUUUGAGUCUCUUCAAAUUUUAUAUUGUACGCAAUAAUUUAUAAUUAGUCCAAUUCAAGUCUUGACGUACAAAUCUCUUUUUUAUUGCCUUUCAAAGACUGCCGUACUUCAAUUGUCGUAAGCAUAAAACGCGGUGUUUUUAUAAGUCUUCGAAUCUUUAUGCGAUGUAAUUAAUGUAAUCGUGUGUAUAUUAUUUUAAGGAUACUUUGAGUAACGAUCUUAUACUCACUCGUUACUUACAAUUGCAAUUAUUUUGUAUUUAAAUAUUGUAAAUACUCUGGAAUAUUUUUUGUGCAUUUUAUAAAUGUCAUUAAUGAUUUCAAA